UAGUUCCUCCUCUCACUCAUCAUCUGACAGCGCGCUCUGCCUUCUGCUUUCUUCCGGCGAGAAGUGAGGUCGAUCUAAAGAAUCCAUGGCAGAUUUCGUUCUCCAAGCACCCUCCGAAAGUAUGACUGAGAAAGUCAUCAUCGAUGAUCCUAAUCCCCAAUGUUCCUCGGAUACCUCGAUCGAGAAGAUUGAAGCCACAGAUGUGACUGUCGCCUCCGAUCCCGCCUCCGAGUCGCCUGAAACUAAGGAGAUCUUCGAUGAUGCCGUAGGCACUGCAGAUCCAGCCCCACAAUCCUCUGAUAUGGCUGAGAUCCCAGAUGCGGCCACCGGCGGCCGUCCUGCUCCCCGGUCGUCCAACGAAACCGUUCGAGAUGAGGCAAUCGUCAUUCAGCAGAGGGAGCUACGCUACCUGGACUUCCUGCGUGUGGCAUUGAUCAAGGUGGUUACGCUGGUCGCGGCGGUCUACGGCUUCGUCAAAAACUGGGCCGGCUUGUUCAGGCCUAUCAUCGACCGUGGGGAGACGAUGGUCAUUCCACUAUGCAAGAGCUACUCUCGAGUGCCCUUCGCCCUCCUCCGUUUUGCUGACCAGAAGAUAGAUAUCUUGACAGGGAAACUUAGCCACCUACUGCCAAGCUCGGUGAAGAGGGCGGGGUUGAGGGUUAAUUCUCAGUUGCGCUUGGUGCGGCGCAUCGGCCUCGUUGCGGCUACGAUGAACCUCGCGAAGAAACUAUACGCCGAGCACGAGACGACGGUGAAGGAGGCCUGGCGGUGGGCGAUCGACUACAUCCCUCUAUUCUGGAGUUCAGUCCGUUUUUUUCUCUGCAUCUUCAUCUUCCUCUCAGGGAAGUAUAAUCGGGCGGUGAUGUUCCUGACCGCCGCCGCCCCGCGGCUUCCUCUUGUCGAUGUAGACCGCGUCAGGAGACUCUUGGACCGGAGGGAAUCGACAGAGCGGAUUAAGAAUCGGCGAUAAUGAUCUUUUUGAUGGAAAUUGUUGUUAGUUUCGGCUAAACAAAUAACAACUCUUUACUUUUGUUUUUCUGAACAGACACGGCGCUCGACAUUUUAUAUCAGUUGGAACACGAUGUAUUGAAUUUUCUAUCAAAUCUUCUCGAUAGAGUUUUUUUCUCUAUAUUCUUUCUAAAUAUCUUUAUAGUUUGAUUAUUAUUAUUAUUGUGAUUUUUAGCUAAUAUGACAGGUUUCAGUGAAACCAGACGUGAGCACUAAUAAAUAAGUAGAGUUUAAACUUCUUCAGAUGUGUGGCAUGGCCGAGUUCAGCAUCAGAUGAAGUUUCAUCUUGUUCUCUCUUGGUGGAGGUUUCACGUGAAUCAAACACAAUGUCGGGCGCUUGGGCUGUUGAUUAGCUGACGAGAUGAAAAGUGUGUCUACAUAGUCGAAAGGACCGGGGCUACGCCGCUACGA